GUGCUUUUGUUACAUUAUCCGGAUUUAUCUCCGUGUUUGUGAUCCGCGCGCAAUAACAACGGACCCACUCUGCUGGUUAUAUAUGAUUGCCUAAAACAGCAAUAUAUAAACAAAAUGCCUGUGUGCUCUUUAUGAAUGUGUAUUUAUGAUCAAGCCUUUGGGUUGUUUCUUGGUUAUCUUGCACCAAUUUUUCUUUUCUAGUUUUCUUUAGAAUAUCAGAAACCUUUUAUUUUCUUCUCAACUCUCCAGAUAGAUGCUAACUUAAUAGAGUGUAUGCUCAACCACUAACUCACCCCUUCGUUCUUCUUCAGCUUCUUUGCCUUUUUUUCUCUAUUAAAAAUCAUUGCUAUAAAAUAAUUUAUUUCAGUUCAAGUUAUUAUACUAUAUUUUUGUGCAUCUUUAUUUCUUAGAAAAUCAAACAAAAAAUGAGCUAUCCAGAACAAUUCAAUUCUUCUCCUUUAAAGCUAAAUAUUUUUAAUACUCUUAGUCCUAAUAUUAGCACUUCCUCAUUCUUUGACAAUCCAAUCUCAUCUUCGUGUAUUUCAAACAAUAAUAUUCAUUAUAGCAAUAAACACAAACCCGAAAAUAAAAGUAAAAACAAUUUGAUCAAUAAAAACUACUUCUCCAAACCAACUCAUUCGUCUACAAAUUUUAAUAUUGCAACUUCUGACUGGAACAAAAACUCUCUUGACUUUAAAUUUUUGAAUAAUAGCUUAAAACUAGAAAAAGACAGUAAAUCAAAAAGCACAACAAGCAAAACAAGUAAUGAUAAAAAAAGCAAUAAAAACAAUGAUAGCACCAAUCAAAGUGAUAAUAAUACCAACACUCAAAGCACCAAUUCUAUAAAUUCUUCUCCAACUCGUCGCUUAAAGAAAAGUUUAACUAAUGACCGCUUUAUACCCACGAGACAUACUUCUGCUGGAAAGUUAUUUGCUGAAGAAGUCACUCCUAAACCAACUGAUAGCCCAUUACAGUAUAUUGAGUGCCAAAAUUCAAAAAUAUAUCAAUCAUCUGUUGCUAAAGCCUGUGGAGUUGAUACUCACCAAAGAAUCUUACAAUUUCAACCUCCUCCACCUGAAAGAUCUGCUCCUAUUAAUUUAUGUUCAAAAUUUGCUACAACGUUAAAUGAUCAAUUGAAUUUUACAGUACCUUCAAAGGGAAUAAAGCCUUCUGCUGCUAUUGCAAGAAUAAGAAAAACCACCAGAAUACCUGAAAAAGUGUUGGACGCUCCUGGUUUAAUUGAUAAUUACUAUAUCAAUGUCUUAUCUUGGUCAAAGACAAACUUAUUAGCCAUUGCCUUGCAAAAAUCCGUCUAUAUUUGGAAUGCUUCCUUAGGAAUAGUGGGAUCUUUAACCGAAUGUGAAACAAUAGUAUCUUCUAUAAGAUGGUCUGAGGAUGGGGACUAUUUAUCUAUAGGAACUGAAGAUGGGGAUAUUCAAGUGUGGGAUAUCGAAGCUUCGAAAAAAUUACGAACAAUGACCGGUCAUGAUACUAGAGUUGGUUCUCAAUGUUGGAACUCUCAUUUAAUAACAUCAGGAUCAAGAAAUGGAGCAAUGUUUCACCACGAUGUCAGAAUUCCGGAUCAUAUUGUAUCUAGAAUGAAAAGCCAUACUGCGGAAGUUUGUGGAAUUGAAUGGAGACAUGAUGGACAUCAAUUGGCAUCAGGUGGAAAUGAUAACAUUGUUAAUAUUUGGGAUGCUAGAUCAUCCAUUCCUCAAUUUACAAAAACAGUUCACAAAUCUGCAGUAAAAGCAUUAAGUUGGUCGCCCACACAAAGUAAUUUACUAGCUACUGCUGGUGGUACAGCUGAUAGACAUAUUCAUUUUUGGAACACAGCUAGUGGAGCUAGGGUGAAUUCCAUUGACACUGGAUGUCAAAUAUCGUCGUUAAAUUGGGGUUAUUCUGAUGGUGUGGGAGUUGAAAUUGUGGCUACUCAUGCAUUUCCAAACAGUAAUAUAAGUAUUUAUUCUUAUCCAACAUUGCAGAAAACUGGGGAAAUAUUGAAUGCGCAUGAUGGCAGGAUAUUAUGUUGUUCAUUAUCUCCAGAUAAUACAACAAUUGCAACAGCUUCUGCUGAUGAAACACUAAAGUUCUGGAAGAUAUUUGAUUAUCCCAAAUUUAAAUUUUCAAAUGGUAAAAGUACACUUGCAGAUGAUAAUAAAGAUAUCCGUAAAGUAAUGACUCUUCGUUAAAACAUGCAUUUUAUUUUUUUAUAUUUUUUUUAUUUUUUAUUUUUUACUGCUUUAAUUCCAAUGCUAUGACAAAAGAAUAAAAAAACAGAUAGCAAAGCUUUUGUGCUUAUAAUAGAGCAUUUAAUUAUACCAUUUUCAAAUUAUUACUGCAUUGACAAAACUCAUUAGUUGAAUUUUUUUUCCUUCAUAUAUAAUUAGAUUAAAUUUUUUUAAUGACAUUAUAUAGAUAUUGAUUUUUAUUUUUAUUUUUAUUUAUUUUUAUUUAUUUUAUUUUAUUUUAUUUUAUUUUAUUUUAUU